UUCUGGGAAAUUAUCAGCGACGAGCAUGGCAUCGACCCCAUGGGAGUGUACCAGGGCACGAACCGCGACAUCGAGGAGCUGCAGCUGGAGAGAAUCAACGUGUACUUUAACGAAGGCUCCGGCUACCACCACUACGUCCCUCGGGCUAUUUUGGUUGAUCUCGAACCCGGCACGAUGGACUCCGUGAAGGCCGGCCCUUAUGGACAACUCUUCAAGCCAGAUAACUUCGUGUUCGGUCAGAGCGGCGCAGGGAACAACUGGGCGAAGGGACACUACACAGAAGGCGCUGAAUUGGUCGACUCCGUACUCGACGUCGUCAGGAAAGAGGCCGAGAACUGCGACUGUCUCCAGGGCUUCCAGCUGGCACACUCCCUCGGCGGUGGCACUGGCUCGGGCAUGGGCACUCUCCUCAUCUCCAAGAUCCGAGAGGAAUACCCCGACAGGAUCAUGAACACUUUCUCCGUCGUGCCAUCCCCCAAGGUAUCUGACACUGUGGUCGAGCCCUACAACGCCACCCUCUCGGUCCACCAGCUGGUUGAGAACACGGACGAAACCUACUGCAUCGACAACGAAGCUCUCUACGACAUCUGCUUCCGCACCCUCAAGCUCGCCAACCCGACCUACGGUGACCUGAACCACCUGGUCUCGCUCACGAUGUCCGGCGUGACCACCUGCCUCCGAUUCCCCGGCCAGCUGAACGCCGACCUCAGGAAGCUGGCCGUGAACAUGGUGCCGUUCCCUCGCCUCCACUUCUUCAUGCCCGGCUUCGCCCCGCUCACCGCCCGCAACGCCGUCGGAUACCGCACCCUCAACGUCCCCGAACUCACGCAGCAGAUGUUCGACGCCAAGAACAUGAUGGCGGCGUGCGACCCGCGCCACGGCCGCUACCUGACCGUGGCCGCCGUGUUCCGAGGCAAGAUGUCCAUGAAGGAGGUCGACGAACAGAUGCUCAACAUCCAGAACAAGAACACGCCCUACUUCGUCGAAUGGAUCCCCAACAACGUGAAGACCGCCGUGUGCGACAUCCCGCCGCGAGGCCUCAAGAUGGCCGCCACCUUCAUCGGCAACUCGACCGCCAUCCAGGAGAUCUUCAAGCGCAUCUCCGAGCAGUUCACCGCUAUGUUCAGGCGCAAGGCUUUCCUCCACUGGUACACGGGCGAGGGCAUGGACGAGAUGGAGUUCACGGAGGCCGAGUCCAACAUGAACGACUUGGUGUCCGAGUACCAGCAGUACCAGGAGGCCACCGUGGAGGACGAGGAGGACUUCGAGGAGGAGGACGCCCAGGUGGAGACCGACUAAAUCUGUCAGCGGAGACUCGACCAAAUCAAAAACAAGGAAAGAAAAAGGAAAACGCACGUGAUUAUUGUUCCUGCCGAAUCCGAUCCAAUCAUGAAUAUAUAUCAGCAAAAAACAUAUCCCCAGGAAGGCCCUCCGCGGCGCCGCCUUCUGCUUCUCUUCCUCCAAGACACCGGAGCGCCGCGGGUCCGACCUGGCGUGGCUAAGGAUCGCCCUGUAGCCUCGUCCCUCCUUCGGGCUCUUGCACUCUGACUUCUGUUCUGGCCUUCUUCUGUUCCUCGUUCCCGUCUUCGUCACUCUCUCUUUCUCUUUAUCUCCCUUCUCUCUCUCUCUCUCCUUCUCUCUCUUCUCUCUUCUCUCUUCUCUUAUUCCUUCUCUUUCCUUCCUCCUUCCGUUCCUUCCUUCCUCCCUCCCUCUUUCUCGUUCCCUUCAUCCUCUUUUUGCCCCCUUCCCCCACCCCUUUCUCUUUCUUUCACCCUUCUUCCCUCCCUCUCCAUUUCUGUUUUGAUCUUUGCUUCUUUCACACUGUCAGAUAUUUUUUGCUGCGUCAAUGCUUCCCGACAUCCACUGCAUUCUUUAUCUUUUCCUCUUUUGGGAUUAAGCGUUGAUGUGCUUGAAGAUUCAAAAAAAGAGAAAAAUGAUAACUCAAUCAAAUACCAAAACAAUAAAAAGAAUCUAAUAAAUUAUUCAAACGUUAACUGGUGCUAUUUACAAACAAACAAACAAAACAUAAUGGAAAUAUAAUAUAAAAAUCAAUAUAAAAAACAUAUUUAUCAGAUAUCAAUGAACCUAUAUGUUCGAACGCUUUAAUGUUAUCUUAUAGCUAAUAUUGGUUCUAAUUAUCUUUGCAAUUGCAAGAAAACGCGCAGUGCAAGAUGCCUUUCGUCCCGUCCAACCUGUCAAGUUCCCCUUAAGAGUGUCAUAUGCCAUUUGUCAGGCGUUUUUGUGUCAGAUUGCUUUCAUACUAAUUGGUCCCAGGGUACCACGUCCCGACAGUGCCAUAAUUGGAGACUAUUGAUCCUACAUAUUAAAUUAUAUAUAUAAAAAAA